GUGAUACGCUCAGCGUCGGCGCUAUUUGAAAAUAUCGACCCGAAUGUCACAAAUUUUGUUGCCGAUAUAAAAUCUACUAAAUUAGAAGAUUGAUACACGCCAAGAAAUGUUGAUAGUGUCUUUUUCCCAUUUCAGUAAUUAUUAUAAAUGUUUCUGUACGAUCUUUAGAUAGCAACGAAAUUACUGAAACUUCACCGAUGGAAUGAAAUUUAAGCGGGUGCCUUCAAUAUAUUGGAUAUUGAUUUUGUUAUGUAUAGUAAUGCUGUUUCUCGCCGAUGUCUUCCAAAUGCAGUACCUUACGAUACAACUCACAAAACCAGUAAUAAACAGUGUUACUUUCGACGACAAAUCAUACACUAUAUAUACGCCAGGGUGUAAAAUACCAUACAUGGACCCCUUCGACCAAAGCAUAAGAGAGUACAUAACCUCAAUGAAGUUGCCGAAGUGUAACGAAGGUAAACCACCGUUAUUCGAAUCGAACCUAACCUCAAUAUACGUUUUGAAUUCUUCACUGUCCUACUAUCAACUUGACGAUACGACGAGACUGGAUUGUUGUUAUUCGCCUUUUUUCAGACAGGAACCCGAAGGAAAUGAAUCGGAUAAUAAAAUAAUCGUAAGAGAUUGUCGUUAUUUUAACGAUAGCGUCGAUAUUAAAGAAGAAUUUAUUCAAGUUACGUGUAAAUACGACAAUACUACUAUUUAUGAAGAUACUUUCGCUUUUGUACCUAUAAAAAAUAAGAUUCAAGCUAAAUCUAAAAGUAUGAAGGUGCUUGUGAUAGGUUUAGACGCAGUUUCCAGAUUGAAUUUACAUCGACAGAUGCCGAAGACUGUUAGUUAUUUAAAAGACAUAGAGGCUGUUGAGCUACUCGGUUAUAAUAAAGUGGGUGAUAAUACUUUUCCUAAUUUGAUACCGGUACUAACCGGAUUUUCCGAAAAAGAACUGGUAGAAAACUGUUGGCCUACAACCGAAGACCGUUUCGAUAAUUGUACUUUCAUUUGGGACAUUUACCGCGACGCAAAUCACCUUACCGCUUACGGAGAAGAUUCGUCUUGGAUGGGUCUGUUCAAUUACCAACGUAGAGGCUUCAAAAAACAAUCCACAGAUUACGCUUAUAAUUAUUUCAAUAGAUACAGCGAAUCGAAAAUAGGCAAUACCAAAAGUAUGAACGUUCAAGAUUGCGAAGGGGGUCGAUUCGUUUUUAGAGAUUUAUUGAGUUAUAUCAAAAAUUUCGUCAUAACAAUGGUCGAUAAUAAGUUACCUUAUUUCGGUUUUUUUUGGGGAGCAGCUCUAUCACACGACAUUUUAAAUAAACCCAAAUUAGGCGACGAGGAUUACCGAAAUUUUUUUAAAGAACUUUUCGAAAAUCAUUAUUUAGAUAAUACAUUCGUAUUUUUCAUCAGUGAUCACGGUAUAAGAUGGGGAGAUAUACGACAAACUUUCCAAGGUCGAAUGGAAGAGAGACUACCAUUCGUUUUAGCUGUACUUCCGAAAAACUUCCGGAAAAAAUACUCAUUACAUUAUAACAAUUUGAAAUUGAAUUCAAAAAGACUGACGACGCCAUUCGAUUUACACGAAACUCUGCUAGAUAUCCUGAAACUUUCGUGGAAACUCGAAGACCACCACGGAUCUAAUAGAGGAAUUAGUUGGUUCAAGGAGAUCAGUCCGUUGCGGACCUGCGAAGACGCCGGUAUUGAAAGCCACUGGUGUACGUGUCAACAAAGCGUGGAGAUUCCGACUAAUAACAGUCGAGUCGAGAAGGCGGCGAAAGCGGCGGUGGAUCACAUAAACGGUCUACUCAAAGGGUACGCUCAAUGCGCUCGUCUCGCUUUAAACAAAAUUUCUGACGCUCGAUUGAUGACUCAUACUUCUCAAAUCAACGGAUCGAACAUGAUAUCGGAUUACAUGCUCACUUUGGACGUUUCACCCAGCGAAGCUGUGUUCGAGGUGACCGUUAGGUAUAUCGAGAAAGCUAAAACUUUCGAAAUAAUUGGAACCAUCAGUAGGUUGAAUCUGUAUGGGAAACAGAGUACUUGUAUUACGGAUUUUCAUUUGAAACUUUAUUGUUAUUGCGAAAAUUUGCUGUGAUAAAUAUGUUUGAUUUCGAUUACCUAUUUCGUAAUUUAGAUAUUAUCUUGUCAACAAUGUAUUUUAGAUAAAAAUCCUGAAAUAGAUAGAUUUUUUUAUUUGAA